AUGACUUUCUUGCUAUCCAGGAUUGGUUUCUUUGCUGCCGUGUUCAUUUACAUUACUUUUCAAACUACUCAGUCAUCAGCCAUCCGGUGCAAGCAUGAGGUACCACCUGUUUCUUCGGUCAUUACUCGAGUCGCUGUGUAUCCCAAGCGGAGGUUCUUGCGGCAGUUGUCACCUAGCUCACUGCGUAUACACGUACAUUAUGACGAGUCAGUACGACUACUGAGUGAUUUUGAUGAGAUUAAGACAAAUGUAUUAAACGUGGCAGUUCAGUUUUGGCAAAGUGCCUUGCGGUUGCGCUUUCACUCAACAAAAUCGAAACUGCUUCUAGACAGAUCCCUUCUGUACGACAGGUCCUGUCUGGGUGGUCUUACGAAACUUCGCACAUUGAAUCAACAAUUGCUCACUUUUUGUGUUAAUGGCUGUCACGACGUCACUAAAUGCGGUCCGUUGGCAAUCCCUGAAGAACACUUGAGCAAAUGUCGAUACAUAAAGAAUGGUUCGCAUAUACUAUCUGGUAACCAAGGGCACGGCUUAAAAGAUACAGAUUUUAUCCUAUACAUCGCCUCGCUACCCACUGCCCGGUGUCACACAGGUAAAGUCUUGGGUUAUGCGGCCCAUUGCCAACUGGCUUCUCAGACAGAUAGACCGAUUGCUGGAUACAUCAACUUUUGUCCAAAUACCUUGGGGUCUCGUGUGAGUGAUCGUGUGCGUUCUCUGUUCGUGACGAAGCACGAGCUGCUACAUGCCUUGGGAUUCUCCAGCAGCCUGUUUGCUAUGUAUCGCGACCACCAGAACAGACCAUUAACUCCGCGAGACCCAACUACACAACUGCCCGCUUUGGGUCUGGCGAAGAUUGGUUCCCAUGCAGUCUAUCAGUGGAGCGAUAAGGUUGUUCGGGUUGUAGAACGACGAUGGAUGAGCGCCUAUGGUAAUCACACUAAACUUGCGCAUAUUGUAGUCACUCCGACCGUUUUGCAAGUUGCUCGCAAGUUUUUCAACUGUCCUACUUUGGAUGGGGUGGAGCUGGAGGACCAGGAUGAAGUGGGAGUGUUCCUGACACAUUGGGAAAAGCGACUGCUUGAGAAUGAACUGAUGACAGCCACCUAUACGAAUUCCUACCGUGUUUCGCCCAUCACGUUAGCCAUGAUGGAAGAUACGGGCUGGUAUCUCGCCAACUACGCCAUGUCCCAUGAUUUCAGUUGGGGCGGUGGUCUUGGAUGCUCGUUUGCGAUGGCCAGUUGCCUGGAAUAUAUGCUCGAACGACGUCAGAUGGGUCGUCAGAUAAACCCAUUCUGUCAGCAAAUCCAACCACCUCUGCAUCGAACGGAGGAUACAGGUGUUCAGGUGAGCUGCACCCCGGACGGUGUGAGCUACGGUUUCUGUAACCUGAUACAUCAUCCGAAGCCUCUGCCUCGGGAAUACGUGUACUUUGUGCAAGGGCGACAGUCUUUCAAGACGUCACCUUUUCAAGAACCAGAGUUGGCUGGUGGUUUUGAAACGGAUCGCGACAAGCCACUUGACACAGUCGGGGGGAAAAUCGCCCUGGCCAACUACUGUCCUUAUUAUCAGGAAAUUGAAUGGGAAAGAAAGUUGGAUGAGCCGACAAUUAACACACACUGUCACACGUUGAACAAUUACAAAGAACCAAAAAAUAACUUCAGGCUGGAACAAUUUACACCGAAAUCUAUUUGUGUACAACACUCACCUCACUGGCGCCUGCGCAACAACAAACAGGUUUUUGGAUCGCCUGUUGAGGGCGCUGGAUGCUAUUCAUUCCGUUGUUCCAUCGUUGAAGGCGGUCUGGUCAUCGAAUUGGCUGGUGGGAUCGCACUUCCUUGUGUGGUCCCUGGGAGUACGGUCCGUGUGAAGGCUUGUCUAAAAUCACAGGGACUCAGCAUAGACGGACAAUUGGUCUGUCCGGAAUGUUCCUUGUUCUGUGAUCCCAAAGAAUGUCCGCUCCAUAUGCAUAACUUUUCUCAACUUCAUUCGUCUGUGCGGAAGUUUACCCGAGCCCAUACUAUGUCCUACCGUCCCCGGCAUUAUUCACUGUCCACGGAAGCCUAUUUCAUGCACAACCAAACGGCGACUUUCUCAAGGCCUUGGGAUACGGCGGUGAAUCUGGUGCAGCCGCAGGAGAUUGUCCCAGACUAUUGUCCAUCCUCUUCCUCCUCCACCUCCAGCCUUACGACCGUUCCACAGAGUCCCAGUUUCACCAUUCUAAUCAGUGUGCAUCUAUUUUCUUUCUUAUCUUGGCUUACUUUCUACUAGACGUAACUAUCCGAUCAUUCUUCCGUGCUCUGUUUCCGUCUAUAAUUGUCUUUCAAUACUCGAAUACAAUGUUUAUAUUUUU